UUGGAGCCUUCACAGCGGCCGCAUCGUUGGAACAAAAGCACACCCCUUCAACACUGCAACUUUAAGCCAAGCGACAUGGAUAACCGCAGUUUGCUGCUGAGGCUCUCGCUGGUGGUGGCGCUUGUUCUGCUGCUCGUCUGUGUGCCGGAAACGGAUGCUGGAGGCUACCAGAAAAAGAAGAAAAUCGUCAUACACGUGCCAAUUCACAAGAAGAUUGAGAAGCACAUUCACACCGUGGUUAAGCAUGUCCACCACCACCACAAGCCCCUCGUUCUCAAGGAGGAGAAGAAGGUGAUACACGAGGACCAUCGCCCCAUACAGAUCCAUCAGACCAAGGAGCACAUCCACCACCACUCACUGCCGUUGGCAGCGGCGGCGCCCGCUGCUGUGCCAGAGCCGGAGCUGGAGGAGGAGGAGGAGCAUAUCCAUCACCACCACAACUACGAGCACAGGGGCGGACUGCGGGACGACUUCAUCGGUGGCGAGGGGAGCAGCAGUGAGGAGCGCUGACUAUGCAGCGCCCCUCUGCGGCGCAGACUGAUUCGAUCGUGGACCGAUCGCCCAUGGACGGGCCACUCCAUGUGAUUCCCUAGACACGUACAUCAUUUUUUUUUUUUUUUUUUUUUUUAUAGCCUAAAAUAAAUCUUAGCCGGAGCAAGGGAGACUCACCUU